GGCAACGUACCGGGAGCACGAAAGCUCUACCCAGUGAUGGCGGAGUUGAAGAGGAAAAACAUAGGAGGAGGGAGCAGACAAAACAAAGGUCGAAAAGACUUUAAGAAGAGAAAACAAAAUUCACAUGAUGGUAAAGAUGGUAGAAGAAAAGGUCCGCGUUUGCCUAAUGCUAUGUUAAAGGAGCUUCAAUUACCUAAAAGGUCCAAUGAAUACUCCGAUGAAGACAUUGCUUCUGAUGAUGAAGCUGUUAAUGAUUUUUAUGAAUAUGAAGAAGGGGUUGCUGAAGAAGAAUCCAAGAAAAAUAAACGAUUUGACCCUGUUGAGAAUUUCCAGUAUGAGCUUCCCGAUGACUUUGAGGAUGAAAAUGUAUCAUCAGAUGAAGGAGAUGGUGAUGAAGACGAGGAUGGUCGGCGAGGAGAGGAUGAUGAGGAAGAGCAUGAUGGAAGGCAUUCACGGUUAUUGCAAGAAAUCACUGGUCUUCCGACUGAUGCUUUUGAUGGAAAGAAGAAGAAAAAUGAUGUUAUUAUGUCCGAGGCAUAUCCAGAGUCUGAAUAUAAUCCCAGUCGUGAUAUUCUGGAUGGAGAUGGCCGCAUUAGCGUCCAGGAUCUUCUCGGCCCUCUCCAGGGGAAGUUUGGCUAUAGCAAAGUUAGAAAGAGCAUGAGUCGGAUGGAGAAGAAGUCCAUACCCAUGCAUGCACCUCUGCCGAAACCAGAUCAACAGAGAUUGGAAAGAAAGGUAGCUUAUGAUUUUAGCAAGAAAGAUGUUACGAAAUGGGAACCUCAUGUCAAAAGAAACAGAGAAGCAACAACUAUCUAUUUUGACGAAGAUAAGGACGUGGGAUUUUCUACUGUAGGAGCUAUAGCUGCUGAAUUUCAACCACGAACUGAUUUUGAGAAAGAAAUUGCUUCUCUUGUUAAUGACAAUGAGAUUGUUGAAGCUCAUAGAAAAGAUGGUGCAAGGCUUCUUGAACUGAAUAAGAUAUCUGUAGAAGAUGUAAGGGACCGCCAAGACCAGCUUGCUAAGAUGCGUAGUCUUCUUUUCCGUCAUGAAAUGAAGGCAAAACAAGUCAAGAAGAUAAAAUCGAAAGUGUAUCAUCGUUUGCUGAAGAAAGAUAGAUUGAAACAAGCAGGUACUGCAGUUGAAACUGAUCCAGAAGCAGCCAAAGAGCAGGCAGUGAAACAAGAAUUCAAAAGGGCAGAGGAACGCAUGACGCUGAAGCACAAGAACAGCUCCAAGUGGGCAAAGCGCAUCUUACAACGUGGCUUGGAUGUGCAAGACGAUGGAACUCGAGCUGCUAUUACUGAACAACUGAAUCAACAUGCCCUUUUGACAAGAAAAGCAAAUAACAUGAAAGAGAGUAGUAGUAGUGAAGAAAGCAGUGAUGACGAUGACCUUGAUGAGACUUCUGAUGGAUCAGAUCAGGACGCUGCAAUGAAACUGUUGAAGAAAGCAAAGGACAAGACUGUUGAAGUCUUAGAUGGGGAUGAAGAAUUGCCAGCGUCAGGAGUGCUUUCUUUACCUUUCAUGGUCCGCGGAUUGAAAAGAAGGAAAGAAGCGGCCGAUGAAGAAGCAAAGCUUGCUCUAAAAGAGUAUGAGUCAUCAUUGAAGGAAUUCGAAGAGAAGAACGAGCCAAAAACUCAAGGAACAAAUAUUUUGAGUGGUAGGAGAGUUUUUGGAGCUCAAAAAAAGCAGGAACUUGUACCCAAAAAGAAAGCGACAUCAGACAAUUACUAUGGUGACAGUGAUAGUGAAGGUGAGAGAGAUGCCAGAGAAACUGGCAUUACUGCUCGUGAAGAAAAUAAUUUUCCCGAGAGGGAAGUUCAUUUUGAUCCCAGUUCACUUCGUGUAGAGUCUGAGAUUGGUCAUGAUUCUCUGUUUAAGAGUUUUGAGGACAUUGCGAGAGAACCAUGCACAAAGACUUCAUACGAAGUUUCCAUUUUUGCUGACGACUCGUGGAAAAAGAUGAAUGAUUCUUCAGUUAAAGGGAAGCAGACAAAAUCUGCAAAUGCAAAAAGUGCGAUGGCUUUACAGAUAACAGAACCUGUUGCGAGUGAACCUGAAGGGGAG